CCUCAUUUCCUCUCUUUGAAAAGUUUCCGUUCUCUGUUCGUCCAAAACAGGAUCUAUUAGAUAUGUCAUCGCCGUCGAUGGGGUCGUAUUGGUGUUACAGUUGUACUCGCUUCGUAAGCAUCGGGGCUCACAGCGACACCGCCGAAGCCGACGAUGAUGCUAUCACGUGUCCGUACUGCGAUGGUGGAUUCGUUGAAGAGAUUGAUGAGAUGAGGCCAGACAAUUCUGGCAGUGAUCUCAGCCGUCGAUUUCCAGCUUCCGCCCUUCACGUGAUCAGUAACAGUAACAGUGAAGAUCCUGGUCAGGCCCCAGCUCGUCGAUCACGCAGAUCUCGCCGAAAUGCGAAUGGUCGGUCUCCGUUUAACCCCGUUAUCGUCCUCCGCGUACCCGCCGAUGCCGGUGACGAUGAAUCGAACAGUUUUGAGCUGUACUACGAUGACGGAGCCGGAUCUGGCCUGAGACCGCUCCCAACGACGAUAUCGGAUUUCUUGAUGGGAGCAGGAUUCGAUAGAAUACUUGAGUCGCUGACUCACAUCGAAAUGACCAAUUUACACCGAACCCGGAAUCCGCCUGCAUCGAAAGCGGUCGUAGAAUCUAUGCCCAGAAUCGAAAUUACAGAUACCCAUGUCAGCACGGAUAUUCACUGCGCAGUGUGUAAAGAACCAUUUGAAUUACAUUCUGAAGGGCGUGAGAUGCCCUGCAAGCACAUAUAUCAUCCCGACUGUAUCCUCCCAUGGCUUUCAAUGAGAAAUUCAUGUCCAGUUUGUCGGCACGAAUUGCCUACAGAGCCAGAGGAGGCCUCUGCUACUGCAACAGAGCAAGAAGAGAUAGUGGGGUUGACAAUCUGGAGAUUGCCUGGAGGUGGGUAUGCUGUGGGAAGAUUCAGUGGAGGAAGAAGAGGAGGUGAUACGGAGUUACCGGUUGUGUUUACUGAGAUGGAUGGGGGGUUUAAUAGGGGAGAGACGUCUCCAAUGGUUCCAUGGGUGACCACUAGAAGAAGUAGGAAUGGUGGUUUUAGGGGGCUUUAUCGUGGUUUGGCAUCAUUUUUUGGAAGAUUUAGAUCGAGGUCUAAUUCUUCGUCGUCACCUGGUUCUGUAAGUUUAAGUUCUGGAUCAAUGAGAAGAAGUUUUAGUCUUUCGAAUUCAGUCUUUGGUAGAAGGAGAAGGAGAGGAUUGGACUUGGAAGGAGGGGAGAUUGAGAGGUGGUGAUUUUUGAAUUGAACAACAUAAUUGAAGAAGCAGUCUUUUCUCCAUUACUGUAAAUACCAAAUAGCAGAACUUGAAGAAAUAUGAGAUCAGAUUUCCAGCGCAAGCAUAGCCUUUAGUACUACAAAGUUGAUAUUUGUUUUUCCUUGUUUGUCGACGGAGUCCUACUAAAUUGAUUCAAUUUUUGUUGAUUGUGAGGAGGAUAUGCAGCUUGUUGUAAUAUAUUUGUAUUUUCCAAGUGUUAUAAUAUUCUUUACAUUCCUUAUAUCAAAGCUUCAUUGUAGUCCUCUUUGGUAUUCUCUAGCUUGUGGAAAUUUUACUCUGCUACUUUGGUAGUCUAGGUAGUGUGUUGAAGCAAUUGUGUAGUCCUUGAAUUGUCAUGUUAGCUUUGUACGUUGAGAAAUGGAAAGCAGCAACUUUUCUUUG